CUUGAAUGUUCUAUUAUUUUGAUUCUAGCGCGAAGCGCUAUGCUGUUUGUUUAUUUUCAUUCAUCAUUUAGUUUCGUUUCGAUGUUGAGAAGAGUUGUUUGUGUUCUUAUAAUUGAUAAAAAAUAAAAUAGAACCCUGAGUUGAAAUGCAGAGUGCAUCAGAUUUAAUAUCUUCAUGGUUCAAAGACGAUUCUUAUAUGGAUGAUGAUAAAGAUGUCCAAAUAAUCGAGCAGUUUGUACAAAAUGUUGAAGAUUUUAGCUCUCAGUAUGGAAGUGAAAUAAGUGUGUCGUAUACAGCAUUCAAUCUUCGAGGCCCGCCUUCGAAUUUUCCAGAUUAUGGAGACUAUCCACAAGCCUUUGUUAUGAGAACUUAUGGAACCUGGUGGGAUGAAGCACCGUCAGUCCAAAAAGAUUAUAUGCCACAAAAUAGCAGCAUAAUACCAAGUCAAGAUUUUGUAGAAGUGUCAUUUGAGAGAGCAGUAUAUCCACUAGAAGUGGCAAUAUUCGAAACUUAUAAUCCUGGUGCUCUGGUUAGGAUAUGGGCUUUGGGACCGACAUCAUGGAUGUUACUAUGGGAAGGAGAACCAGAGUAUGCCGGUGAUACAACUAGAAUUUUCAGCCCACCAAUUAGACAAAUAAAUUUCCCUACAAGAAUAUUAAGACUGGAAUUUAAUCAUAGACUUCUUCCAUACUACACUGAACUAGAUGCAGUUUUGUUAAGAGGAAAAGAGCCACCGAAUUUAGUUAAAAUGAAGAAUAAUUUUACAUAUACUACACUGUUCUAUAAAAAAAGUCAACCAGCUAUAGAAAAAGGUUCGCUUCUCAACAGAGUUAUAGCUUCAAACUUGCACGAAAACGUUCUGAAUCGAACAGUUCUAUCUCAAAAUGACAAACUCAUAGACAGGGGUCCGCCUCUCGGUGACUUCCAAAGAUUGCCAGAUGAAACUAUUCUCUCAGUGAUGAAAUAUUUGGACAUGCAAUCGUUAUGUCGCUGUGCACAAGUGAAUAAACACUUCAGCCGGCUUGCGUCUGAUGCUAUACUCUAUCGAAGUAUUGAUCUUCGUCCUUAUUGGCACUGUGUGAGAUCUCAGGUACUCUUAACACUAUCAAUGAGGUGCAAAUUCCUUCAAAAACUAGAUCUAUCAUGGUGCGGUAGUCAUUGUAUGAUACAGCCCCAUUAUGUAGUCAAUUUCCUGAGAGACAGUGGGGCUGAGUUAACACAUUUACGAAUGAACUGCUGUAAAUUUGUUGACAAUUCAGUGCUAAGAGCUAUAGUCGACACAUCUUCUAAUUUACAAGAACUUUGCCUCCGGUCCGUGAUAAGCUGUUCAGAAUGGUCAUGUUUAUCGUCUCUGACAAAGUUGAAACGUUUGGAUCUGUACAGAACUCAUAUAACUACAUCGGCAGCCGUCGCCAUCGUCUGGUCUAACCCGGCAUUACAACACCUUAAUGUUGGUUCGUGUAAAAUGAUAUCAGCGAUGGAUGAAGUAGCGAUCGCUUUAGGUUCGAAUUGUCCAGAUUUAAUGUCAGUGGACUUUUGGAAGUCGUAUUCGUUGACGGCAGUCGGCAUCCGAGCGUUGGGGAACUGUAGGAAUUUGCAAGAAUUAGACGUCGGUUGGUGCUUACAAGCCGGUGGCUCUGGUGAGUGGUUGGCUUCACUCUCAGGAGGAGAACUACGCAAGCUGUUCCUUGGAGCGUUAAGAGGGGUCUGCGAUAGAGAUCUACGCGUGCUGUUACCGAAAGCGACGAAGCUGGCUCAGCUUGACCUUUUAGGAGUUCGUGCUGUUACUCCUGAUAUAUGCUCUGACAUACUUGCAGAAUGCCGGGAGCUCAAGUUGUUAGAUGUCAGUUUCUGUGAUCAAAUUCAAGAAUUUCAGGUACACGAGUGGAGGAGACAGUACCCCCAAGUUAGUAUAAAACGUUCCUUCCAAGCAGCUAACCUUAACACUGCACCAAACGCAUUGUUCCUAGUUCCAAGCUUGGAAUAAAAACUUAUAAACGAAAAACCUAUCCGCUAUAUUCGAUGUAUUAAUAUGGCGUAUGCUGUUUAAAUACUUUUUUAUCCUAUUCCAAUUAUAGGAAAAGUAAAGACAAAUAAACGUCUUUGACAUGUCAUUGAAAUUAUAUUAUCGUUCGAGAUCUAA